CUCAACUUGCUCAGGUGAUAUUGCACGCGUGAACAGAUCUUGGCGCGGACGCUGAAUUAGCAUGCGCUCGAAGUAUGUCAAAAGAUGACGCGCUGUACGGCCUGAAGCGGCCACGAAACCUCACAGAAGGUCAAGAACUUUCCUCGACGAAGUCACUCUCCUUCGGCUCGCAGUUGAGCUCCUUGAUCGCAACCUCGACUUCAAGCGCCGGAAGCUCGAGAUCAGCAACAAAGGCUCGACCGCGCCCAUCCAGCACCAAAGAUGACAUCUUCAAAAAGCACAAUGGCAACACUGCGAAACGCGCCAAGCGCGACCUCGAGCCUGAUCAUGCAGGCGCCUUCCAGCAAUCUCACACGACGAAUGGAGAGGGUGUAGAUCGGGAUAUUCUGGAGGUCAGCAAGCGAAAGAUGCAACAGAAAGCACGACUGUAUGCUGCCAUGCAGCGUGGAGAUUUGGAGGACGUGGAUGGAAAAUACGCAGUGGACUUUGAUGGGAAGUGGGCAGCCGCGCAGGAUCGCAAAUCAGCAGGCCAUGGCCGCGAGCACGACGACGAUGACGAUGAUGACUCUGACGACAGCGAUGAUCCGAAACAGCAAGAGAAGAUCGAAUACAUUGACGAAUUCGGUCGGACGCGCACUGGUACACGUCUCGAAGCUGCUAUUGCCGCUCAGCAAGCCAGCAACCAGACCGAAGUCCUCACCGCGCGGCCAGCGGCACCAACGAACCUAAUUUACGGCGACACAGUUCAGAGCAAUGCAUUUGCACCUGAUGCCGACCGCAUAGAGCGCAUGGCCGACCUCGCCGCAAAGCGCGAUCGAAGUCUGACACCGCCUCCAAAGAUGCACUUCGACAGCAAAGCAGAACUACGAACGCGGGGAACUGGAUUCUUCGGCUUUUCUCAGGAUGAAGAAACAAGGAAUGAGCAGAUGAGCAAUAUGGAGAAGGAGAGACUACAGACAGAGCGAAUCCGAGAAGCACGAGAGAAGGAUAAGGAAACGGAGAAAUCUGCUCGGGAGAAAAUGCUGCAGGAGAGGAGAGAGCAGGUUCAGCGUAGGAGAGAUGAGGUUGAGAAACGUAGAGCGAAAAGAUUGGCGGGUGAAUUUCUGGAGGGACUAGUUGCGGAGGAGCAGAGUCGAAGCGCCCUGGCGAAGAGCUCGUCUGAGCUGGCCGCAGGUGAAGACGACAAGGGAGAGAAGCGGAUCACAGAAAAUGAAAAACUGCCUUACACAAGUCCACGAACCAAUCUGUGACCUUGUGACAAGUGACGAUGUCCAACUCAUUCUGACUUCGUUCUCGCAACCACGAUUUGUUUUUCUUCUCCGUUUCCAAAUGAAUCUCAAUAGGAUGCCGAGCAAGCAGAGAAAGGAAAAUCCUCGUAGGUAUUUUGUGCGCGCUCAACGGCACCACGCGGAAUUACAAUCCCUCAAGUUCUAUCACAGGCAUGAACAAAUGUCAUCUAUGUUCCUCCAACAGUCAAUCAGGGACGGUCUCCGCAUUCACCACCACUAGAGCCCCCAGAAGUCAUCGCAGAGCGCAAGCUCAAGCCCAAGAGAAGGUCAAGAAAUAAUGUUUACUCUCCCACUGGUCGUCGAUCGCCCCUGAGAACCCGUACGAGUCUUCGCUCUGCCUCUGGUCGGCUCCUCUUCAUCUAUCCCUAGGUUAUCCUUGCGGCGG